GUACCUACGUCAAAUAAACGUUGUAACCAACUUUGGCGUCAAUCGAGUUCUUGACUCGCGAACAAGUUUCUGUGAAAAUAAGUGUACAUCAGCCACGAUUGGCUUGAUUGUUGUUGCGCAGCGUGGCGACAUCCAAAACCCGCCAAUGUUUCCUAUUUAUAGUUAUUCUUGUGAUCUAGCAGUUCGUUACACACAAAAAAUCAAGCAAACUUGCUACCUUUGAUCAAAUGAUUUCAAUUCGGCUUUAUCAUAGCCUUGAGUUGUCCGCAAACGUGUCAUUAUAAAAAGUUCCAGAAUCCUCAAUUUCAAAAAACAUCAAUGAAGGAUUGAUUAUAACUCGCGGUUUGUCGAGAAAAUAUUCGGAAAAACGCAUGUAGAUGGCAGAGAGUCUACAUCGCUGCAGACGACCAAAUUCAGCACACACGUGUACUGUAAGAGUGGCAGGGAAAAAAAAAUAAUCAUAUAGAGGUCUCAACGUCAGGUAAUAAUUUUCAGGAAAAUCAAUAGGAACCUUGAAGAAGGAAAAAUGGCAGAACAGAAAAAAAAUAUGAGUGAAGAAGAGAAGCAUCAGCUAGCCUUGAAGCUGGAUCAAGAUCUAGAAGAAUUUAUAAACUCCAGAAAAAAAACUCCAUACACUGAAGGUUGGAAAGAGGAAACAUGGGAACAGGAAAUGGAACAACAUCCAUUUUUCAUGAAAUCUCUUCCCGAAGAGGGUGAACCAUUGCCACCUCUCCUUGAGGCUUUUCAACAGCUAAAAUAUGACCCUGAAGAGAAUACUACAGAAGAUUUAGCCCUGAAUUAUAAGAAUGAUGGUAAUUUCAACUUCAAACUGAAAAAAUACCGCUUUGCCAUUGCCAAUUACACUGAAGGACUUAAACAAAAAUGUGGAAAUGUAGAACUUGAUGCAAACUUGUAUCUGAAUAGAGCAGCAUGCCAAUUUCACCUGGGUAACUACAGGUCUUCACUGAAUGACAGCUUGCAAGCUGCAAAACUAAAACCUGAUUAUACUAAGGCCAUCGUACGUGCAGCCCAAUGCUGCUUGCAAUUAAAAAGGUUCACCGAAGGCCUUAAAUGGUGCGACUAUGGAAUAAGAUUAAAAAACAGCGAUCCUGCGCUCGUUAAAUUGCGAACCGAGCUCGUACAGGGUCAAAAAUUGGAGGAAAGAAACAAAAGAAAGGCAGAAAUAGCGGAGAAAAAAGAACAAGCGUCAAUCAACGAGUUGGUGAACGCUUUGCGCAUUCGCAGCAUCAAAACUGGUAUCAAGGGGAAAAAAGAUGGUGAUAAAACGACAUUGGACUUGUCAAGCAUUGAACCAUGUCAUCCGGCAGCAAUUGGGAAACGCGUUCACGUGGUCGGCGAUGCUUUAGUUUGGCCCGUCCUAUUUCUGUAUCCAGAAUACGGUGAAACUGAUUUUGUACAAGAAUUCCACGAAGACUCUUGCUUCGUGGACCAUUUGGAGCUGAUGUUUGAAGAAUCGCCACUUUGGGACUUGGAAAAGAAGUAUAAUCCAACCUCAAUUCGUAUGUAUUACGAGCACAGGGAAAGCGGAAAACUAUACGCGGUUGAUGCAAACUGUUCGUUAAAGGCUGUCUUGUCCGAAAAAACGUACGUUGUUCAAGGGGGAACACCUGGAUUCAUUUGUUUGGUUGAAGGAAGUCCAUUCCAGAAAGAGUUCUUGAAAAGAUACACAAGCUGAUAUGUCGAAUGGAUGUAUAAUGACGCGAAAGAUAUACAAAUUACAUCAAAUUGUUUUAAAA